AUGUCUGUUGACAGGAGCCGCCUCGGCCGCGGGACUGGGUGUAAGGGCUGGCGCCGAGGGGAGGGGGCGCCGGGCUCGAGGGGCGGGCGGAGGCGGCCGGGGAGUGCGUGUGGGGGCGCGGCACCCCCUGCCCUCCCCUCGCCGCCCUGAGAGAAAUGUGAAUCCAAAUGGAGCACUCGGAAGGAGGCGAGCAGAGCCAGCAGCAGCAGCCCUGGGGGAAGCUGAUCCGGCUGGGUGCUGAUGAGGCAGAGCCGCACGUCUUGCUGCUGAAAAGAGAAUGGACAAUUGGUCGGAAGAAAGGUUGUGACUUAUCUUUUCCUGGCAACAAGUUGGUGUCUGGAGAUCACUGUAAAAUUGUAGUGGAUGAAGAAUCUGGUCAAGUGUCAUUGGAAGAUACAAGUACUAAUGGAACAGUCAUUAAUAAGCUGAAAGUGGUUAAGAAGCAGACAUACCCUUUACAGACUGGAGAUGUGAUCUAUGUUGUUUACAGAAAAAAUGAGCCAGAGAACAAUGUUGCUUAUCUGUAUGAAUCCUUAAACACAAAACAUGAGGCGACUCAAGAACCAGUAGAAGUUAAUAUAGAAAACCAAUGCCAUGUGACCAAAGAUACCUCAAAUACAGGAAGAAGUAAUGAUGAGACCCAAAUUACCUCAUCACCAUCAGCUACUCAGUCUUGCUAUGAGGAACCACAGCCAUCUACUUCUACAUCUAACCUCUUUAAUGCUUCUUCUACCUCUCUUAAUGAGUUUGCAUCUGUUCAACAGGAUAAUCCUUCUACAUCUGGAUCACAGUCCUCAGUUUUCACUUCUGUGCCUGCUUUCCCCAUGGUAGAAUCAGUGUGUCUAAGAGCACUGCAUGACGAAGAUAAAAAGCUUGAUAUGAAUACUGAAACUUCUGCAAUCACUUCGGAAAUCACUGACAAAGAAAAAGCAGAUUCAGAUUCCCAAAGAACAGGGGAGGAGGAAGGUUUGGAACCUGCUAAGAAGAAACUAAAAGGAGAUGAAGAUACUUGUCCAAAUCUUUCCCCAGCAGCUCCAAAUGAAUGUAUAAUUAAAAUUGGCUCUGAAGAUGCAAAAACAUCAAAUGUGAAACCAGAUAAGAUGGAAGAAACGUUAACGUGCAUUAUCUGCCAAGAACUGCUGCAUGACUGUGUGAGCUUGCAGCCUUGUAUGCAUACUUUUUGUGCUGCCUGCUACUCAGGAUGGAUGGAAAGAUCAUCUCUGUGUCCAACUUGUCGUUGUCCGGUAGAACGUAUUUGUAAAAAUCACAUAUUGAACAACUUGGUUGAAGCUUAUCUGAUUCAGCAUCCAGAUAAAUGUCGUAAUGAAGAUGAUGUACGUAGCAUGGAUGCUAGAAACAAAAUUACUCAAGACAUGUUACAACCUAAGGUGCGGAGAUCUUUUUCAGAUGAGGAAGGAAGUUCUGAAGAUUUAUUGGAAUUGUCAGAUGUAGAUAGUGAAUCUUCAGAUAUCAGUCAACCAUAUAUAGUGUGCAGACAGUGCCCAGGGUAUCGAAGACACUCUGUUCCAACACUGCCUGGCGCUGGCCAAGAGACAGAAGCAGGAGGAAUGCAAGCACUGGGAGAUGCGCCAUCUACGUCUGCUAACUUCCCUGCAGCUGUCCAGGAGUACGUGUGUCCUGCUCAAGGAAGUCAUGUAAUAUGCACCUGCUGCUUUCAGCCAAUGCCUGAUAGAAGAGCAGAGCGUGAACAGAAUCCUCAUGUUGCUCCUCAGCAAUGUACAGUUUGUCUUCAACCCUUCUGUCACUUAUACUGGGGCUGCACUCGGAUGGCAUGUUUUGGCUGUUUGGCACCAUUCUGUGAAAUAAAUCUUGGUGAUAAGUGUUUAGAUGGAGUCCUAAAUAAUAACCACUACGAGUCAGAUAUCCUAAAGGAUUACCUGGCAUCCAGGGGUUUGACGUGGAAAAAUAUGUUAAAUGAAAGUCUCUUAGCUCUUCAAAGAGGAGUUUUUAUGUUGUCAGAUUACAGAAUUACUGGGAACACAGUGCUUUGCUACUGUUGUGGCCUUCGCAGCUUUCGAGAACUUGCCUACCAGUACAGGCAGAAUAUUCCUGUUGCUGAAUUGCCAGUGACUGUCACAUCACGUCCUGAUUGCUAUUGGGGACGCAAUUGUCGAACUCAGGUCAAAGCACAUCAUGCCAUGAAAUUCAACCACAUUUGUGAACAAACACGAUUCAAGAAUUGAAUACUGAAUACUUGUAGUCUGUAGAGAAGGGACAAAACCCUGUUACACUGCUUGUACAGUUUAAGGUUUCAGGGGACCUUCUCAGUUCCCCCAUAGCAGGGCAACAAUAACUUUUGCAUCAGGUAAUCUGGUGUGAACUUUUUCAUUUGUAGAAUUUUACAGCUGUACAUGAAUAAGGUAGAUUUGGGGUUUUUUACAAGAAAGUCCAGCAAGCAUUGCAUUCCAUCCUCAUGGAUACAGUGUCACUGUAUCACUUCAGUGAAGAACACAAACAGAAAUCACACACGCACAAAAACCAGCCAUAUCUUGGGACAACCUAAGAAUAAGGAGUGUAUUUGCACUACUUGUGAAGAAACUAAGAAAAUUCCUUAGAGUUAAAAUAGAAAUGUUUUGUAAAAGUAUCUGAUGGAUAUUUCAAGAGCCAUUAAUAUUUAAGAAGGAAAUUGUGAGUGUAUAUUUGUAACUGCAUUUUGCGGUAGUCUGAUACUUUGUCACUACCCAUUGCAUUUGUGCUAGAAACCACGUUAAUAUUCACUUUAAAAGAAUAUUCAUCUGUUAAACAGCUGUUUCAGCUUGAAGCCUCUACCAUAUGUGCAGUGUUACAGUGGAAGUAGUACAGGGGUUUUUUUUCUUAGUUUAGUCAUACUGAUGUUUUUAUUCAUAUUAAAUUACAAAAAAUUGCACAAAAAUUUGAAAAUCACAUUUAAAGUUGGGGUAAUACUUGAAGCAGAACAGACUUCUGCUAAUAUUCCUUCUGUAAUGUUUUGUAUCAGAAGACCAAACAGUGCUUUUGAUGUAGAUCAGCCAGUAGGACACACUGGUUCUUUUUAUUUCUUUUAUGUUUGAUACCAUAUGCUAAAUAUGUACCUCUGCCAUGCAGCUGUUCUCUAGCAUGCAUACACUGGUGAAAAUGUAGAGAAAGUUAUAGUUUAAAACAGAAUAUAGCAGCUUUACUGGAAGGAACAAUCUUACAAAAAAGAAUUCAGCUUGGACAAAUUGUAGCAAUAUGGUGGCAUUUCUGGAUGGGGAUGAUGAAGGGGAACACUGGUGUCACUGACAGUAAAAAAAAAAAAAGUAGAUUUUAUUGCCAUGCCUCUACAGAGCUCAUUCAGGAGAUGUCCCAAGCAUCAUUUAAAUUAAAAAUCCCAACCCACCCCACCCCAAAUUGGUCUGUUUCAUCAUAACCUGUUAGUAAUGGUGACAAACGCAACUGGGACCAACAUUUUUUAUCAUAUAUAGAAGCGUGAACAGAACGAGAAGAAAGCAUACAAAGUUACCUCUGUAGAUACCAUGUUGUUUUUAAGUAUGCCUUAUUUUAUGAGCAGGAUUUAUACUUUAAUGUUAAAAAGUGUACACACAAAAUCUUCUGAUAGAAUGGAGCACAAAUGAUGCAGCACCUCGUGUCUACUGGUUGCAGUGGAUUAAACAAGUAUUUCCAGUAAUGCACAUCUUUAUAUGAAUGAUAAUUAGAAUGAUGUAUUUCUGUUUAGAUUUUUAUUUUUCAAAAUAGCUGUCGCAAGGAUGGGUCUGUUGACCAUGCCUGUAUGCUAUUAAAAAUACACUUUGGUGUGGACUUCUCUUCCUAAUCUCUGGGCAUUUUCUCCUGUGAGUAGGAUUGAAAUUGGAUCUGGAAUAAUACUUGAAACUUCUUUUAACAACA